AGCAAGGAUGUUGCUAUGCUGGAGAUGCAACAAUGGAAAUUCUAUGCUGGAAUGAAAACUACUGGAAAACUACUGGAGCGGGAAGGGGUGUGGAGGGGCUGGUGGAGUGUGCGAUCUCAAACUGGGGGGCUCCUGGCUGCCUUCUCUGAAGGCACAAGGCUGCUCCUUGCCAGCCCCUCAUCACAGUGGUCACGGUGCCCAGAGAGUACUAACAGGUCAACGCUACAGUUGAUGUGGUCGAUGGAAAUUCUACAGGGUCAUGAGAAAAAGCAGCACCUUGUCCAUACAAGUCCAUGGAAGUUUGCUCCUUAACACGCUAUUAAAGCAAAACGCACGUCUUUAACAGCUUCCACCUAUGGAAUAUCUGCGUGCAGUCGUCCAACCGGGUGAUUAUAAAGAGGAACACCAAGGCUUCAUAUUCACAAUUACAUUCAGAAAAAGCCUUACACGAGUCUAUGAAUACCUGCCAGGGACUGUGCCUGUGGUUCAAGUGUCAGCCUCAGACUGCAGGUCAGCUAUGAAGAAACACCCCUUCUACACAGAACAUUCCUCCACAACUCCAAAAGUUGACACUGUCCGGUUCAUGUAAAUUUGUCUUGAAAUAAUGAUCAUGUUCAUUAGAAACAGAAACAGAAACAGAACAAACCCCACAAACACCAAGCUGUUCUGAUUUGAAGAGACACUAGAGAUAAUAAAAGUCUUUCUACUAGUAGGAUCUCCCAAAUCUAUCUUUCACAUACCCUUUAAUUUUCCCUGAGGAAAUGAAUAUUAUUUACAGUAUUUUGCUACUAUUCUCAAGGUAUUCUCUCCUGUUUGUACAGUCCUUGCUACCUCUCUCUCCGCAUUCUCAAGUGGAUGCUGCUCUUUCAUUUGCCAGUGAAGUCUGAUGAAGGAGGAAAUGGGUUCAGCCACGCGGGCUAAUUCAGAACCCAGGGCAGCUUUCAAAAGUGUGGCUUAGAGUGACACUGAAACUCAAGUGACCUUGAAAUCUGAUAGAGGGCAUUUCAGCUUCAGAAAUCUUUUGCAACACUCACGGAACUAUUUCAUGUAAAGAUUUUGGAAUGCCCAAGAACCAUAACACCCAUCCUAGUCUAUUGAAAGUUUUCAUCUGCAACACGGUUAUGACUGGACAAGGAAUCCUCUAAGAAAGGGCACCUUGGGGCGUGGAGCUGCUGACAGGCAACUCCACAGCUGAGCACCCACUUGGUCAAGAAACCCACUGCAUUCUAGACACUGGCUUUUCCCAGCCAAGAGGGGAAACCUGCCAGCAGGCGAGGUGGGAAGUCCGCGCCCCCCAUGGAUGUGCGCAGCGGCCCUAUAUCCCUGGUCAGAGCUGCCUCCCUUAAGGGAGAUCUCUGCUCUGUCCCCUGGAGGGACAACAUGAUGGCUCCCUUGGAGGUGCCCAGGGACAACCAGCAUUAAGAGGAUGAGUGGGAGCCAGAUGUCCAUAGGCCUCUUACCUCCUCUCUGGUCCCCAACGCACCCACUUGCUACCCUGGUGUUUUCUCCAACUUGUCACACUGCUUCCCAUAAAUGAGCGCACAUCCUCUGGGAAGGACUAUAGCUUAAAACUAUGGCCUGAUGAAUUCUCCUUGCCUUGUAGCUCCUAUCUGAAGAAUGCCUGUCCAUUAGUAUGAAAUGCCUUCUUUAGACAGAGAUGAGAGCUAUUUUCUGAAGGAAGGUAUAUCAAGGGAGAGAAAGGUCAAAAGGCUAUAGCACGCCUUGUUUGAAAAUACUUUGGGUCCAGAAUCCUUUGUAUUGCCAUUCCUUUUGCACAGACAGGUGUCUGAGAUCCCUGGGAUGGACGGAACUCCAGUAAACCAGCCGGCAUGUUGUGGGACUGACCACCCUUGCCACCUGUCCUCUGCCUCUUCUUCCCAAAUGAAAACAUUAAAAAAACGUGGUACAACAGAGAUGGCAUAAAAUGAAUGUCAGGCUCAAUUUGGCACUUCAUUUAAUUCCAAAAUAUAACAAAAUAGCUCUAUGACUUUUUUCUUUUUAAUUUUAGCUUUUACAAUCAGUGCUGUAGAUUGCAGUUCAUAGCUUUCUGGGUGGCUUGCAAGAAGUUAAUCACUUUUUUUUUUUUUUCCCAAGGCCAGCCAGGUGAAUUUUGAUGGUUCUCUAGUUAUUACAUGUCUUGAUACAAAGAAAGGAUGUCUGUGUGUGCAGGAAGCUACUGAGGGUCUGUGCACACUUGGAAAGAAGGUACACAGGGAUCAGGGCCAGUUGGCAGAAGGGAGUCCCUAUGUGGGUAGGAGAUGCAGAAGAGUACAUGUAAAAAAAGGCUUUAGAAAGAAGAAAUCCCAGGGAAGCUGCAUUCAGCUUUACACUUCUGCUUACCCCCUGUGUCUUGGCUAAAAACCAAGGAAGGCCUGAGCUUGGUUCCUCCAGGCCAGCGCUCAGAACUCAUCACGGGCUGCAUCUCUGUGGGACAGCCACAAAACCUCACUCCAGGACUGACUGCUUCACAGAAUAGACCUCUUCCUCCUUGUGAUCCAAAGUCCUGGGGGCUGGGGAGGAUAGAUUUGGCCCCCAUCACUUUGUUUUUGCUGGAUGAUUUAAUUCAGGGAUCUUGGGUCAGAGAGCUUCAUCGAAGAGGAAAACCUCUGCUCUGGGAUUGCAUCUCAGCGAACCAUCACUUCCGUACACAGUGAACCUGCUCAAAUGGUUCUUCAGCUCUGGGCUCGUUGUGGCCACUGGGCAGUCCACCUGCAGCUCAGGCCUCCUGGGCCAGGCCAGAGAGCAUCAUGCCACAGCAGAGGUUGUCUGUAGGCAGAGCAACAGGACUCCAGGGAGGAGAAAAGAAAUGCUGGGGUUGAGGAUGCAAAUGCAUUCCUGCACUUAAAGAAAAAAAGCCCUUUCCUGGCUGACCUUGUAAAUGCUAAAACAUACAUUAUAGCUGGUGCUGUAGCUACUAGUGACUGGUAAUCAUGAAAUUAAAUGAAGCUCUUUUCCUGCUCUCUUGAAAUCACUGUUCUUCGAAUAAAAAUUAAACGAAGAGGGGAGAACAGGAUCCCUUCCAAGGAAGAAUGUUUAAAAAGUCAAAUGGAAGGUUAAAAAAUAAAUUGCCCAAAUAUAUGAAUGGACAGGUUGUGGAUCUCACACUGCGGAACCUCCCCCUGUUUCCCUUGAUCAUAAGAGGAAAAGGAUAUUGGUUAUUACUAGAUGCCUUCUUUCAACUCUUUAAAACAAAAGUGUACGUACAGUCUCUAAACAUAUAUUAAAUUUUCCUCUGUGCAA